UCUCUCUUCCCUCUUUCACACAUACAUAUCGAGUGCUAGGUCAGAGGCAUCCUAAAUUGCGCUGAAAUGAGGGAAGGGAAGUGCAGGCAGGAGGGAAGGGAAAAGGCUGGCAGAUAGUGUGUGUAUGUGUGAGAGAGAGAGAGAGAGAGAGAGUGUGUGUGUGUGAGGCAGAGAAUGCAGAUUGAUGCCUCUUGCUGCUUCAGCCUGUAAAGGUAAGAGCGUAUCAAAACAAACGAGGAACACUCAGAGAGGAGAGCAGAAGAAAGGAGAAGAACCUUUCGGAGGAGAGCAGAAGGGUGGACGAAGCGCAGGAGGAUAGAGGAAAGAGGAGGACAGCACCCAGUCAUCUGUCUCCGCGAGUAUGGCUGCUGCACGCUUAUGUCCAGCUUAUGAGAGUGGACAGGUGUUUCGUUUGAAGCUCACGUGCAGCCGUGAGUCAUAUCAGAUAAGCGGCCACUUCACUUUCCUGACCUGAAGGACCUGGAGGACCUGGGGGACCUGAAGGAGGGCAGUUCCGUCUUCAGGAGAUUCUGCAGGAGAGGCAGCAAGGACUGCAGGAUGCUCUUGAGUUCUGGGGAUGCAACAGCGUGGCCAAAUGCCCUGAUUUCUGCUCUGGUGUCCUGCUGAGCUGGUCACUGAAGAGAUGGGUCGACGGGCGGCCGAUCUGAGCACUCCUGUGCCCGUGCUGGGGGUGCCCGCUCUGGUGGGGGUUCGUGGCUGGAGGGCUCACACAUGGACCCAUCAGUGUAACGUUGGGGUGCAGACAUCGCCUGCUAUACGGCCUACUUUACGAAGCUGCCAGUCACAGUCAGAGACCCAACAGACGGACACAUCUACCAGCCAGUUGGAGAAAAGAACAAGCAUGCCACCCAACGGGCAUGUCCCCAAUGACUUAGGCUCAGAGGAAGAAAGUAAGAAAGGCCACAAAAGGAGCAUUUUUGUGAAACAAAGAAGCCUCGACACAAAGAUAAAGAAAGGUGUGACAUUCCAAGGUCUGGACAGUGAUAUAACUGAGGACACUGGCAAAGGAAUCAAAACGGAGGUGCACUGCCAAACUCGCAAAAUCAAAACCAACCCUCAUCUGCAUGGGGGCUUUGUCCACGAUAGGUCAAAAAGGACGAAGGAUGUCCGUUUUACCAACGGAAGCGUGGUUGACUCUGAGGCAAUUGGGGGAAUUAGCAGUGACAUCAGUGAAGGGGACGAGCCGUUCAAAGGGCUCGAAAAUGCAGCACACUUUGGGAAAAGGAAAGUUCCUCCAUGUUCUCCUCCACAUAGACUUCCACAGAGAAUCUGCAGCACCUGUGGUGGGAGGCAGAACCCUUUGGCUGCAGUUCUUUACACCACCACCCGAAGCACCACUUCACCCACAUCUGCUGAGUCAAACAGCCUCAAUUCCAGCCCAGCAACCCCUCUGUACCCUGGGAAGGACGUGGGAGGUCCGCUUUCUCCCCUAAAUGUGCAGACUGAGAAAUACACUACCUACAAAGCUAUGCAAACAGACAAAGGGUUGCCAGCUAUGCGGCCUCCACCUUAUCCAAAUAUAAACAUUAACAAUGACCAGCCACUAUCAUCUACACAGGAGACAGAGACAUACAAUCUCACCAGAUAUCCAUCAACCAGGAGAUGCGCGGGUGCCGCCUUUCCAAACACAGACCCUCUUAACAGUCAUGCCGCUUACACAUCAUCCCCAUACAUGCACACAGUCUCGGUGAGUGUGAUUCAGGAGGCACACUCAACUGUCUGUCCCAUUUCACAGAAGCCUACUUCAUCUACAUACACUACUCAGGCACCCAGAGCCCCUGUGCUAACCUUGCCCACACAUACUCACCAACAUAGCAUUGUGAUGACACAAGCCAAAACACAUGUGCCAAGCAACCCCCAUCUUGCACACAUCCGAGUACCACCCACAUCAUUCUGUAAUGGUACACAACCUAAACUAGCCGGCAUUGAACCCACAUAUACACACUCGAAACCACUGACAUUUGUCCAACCACACUUAAACAAAAACUCAGACAUGAAUCCACGUAUUGCUGACACCUGCUCUAAAACCUGUGAAUCAGUCACCACAGUGGACCCAAUCCAGCACACUACACCAAAGACCAUAUUACAGACAAAUGAUAAUAUACACGCCAAAGGUACCUCCCACACUGCUCAAUCAAACCACGCUAAUGCAUGUCCCAAGCCUCCAGCCACCUUGCAUUCACCCACGAGUGCUACGGAUCAAAGCUUAGUGCCGAGUCAUUUGAAUACAGUUUUCAAACCUUUGAGCACUUCACAGGCUAAUGCAGACGUCAAAUUUCCAAAUGGAUUAGACGUCGGGCAAAACGCACACCGGCGAUCUUAUGUCUCCUCAGACGCAAAUCCAAGCUCUAAACCUCAAAGAGUAUCACAAAUCCAUUUUAGCACGGACCGCAAGCCCUCAGCCACCUCAGCCUCUAAUUACUCCAAAGCUUGCAGCACAUCCACAUACACUCAAACAUGCUCCACGGCCAGUGACACACGCUCGCACACAAAUACGCAAAGGUUGCAUUGCUCAAAUUCACACCCCAACGAACACUCCAAGCCUUCCAGCGCUGCUGACUUGCCGGGAUCACCUCGCUGCACUCUCCCGCACAUUGACACGCACUCAAAACCUCCUAGCAUAUUAAAGAACCAAAGUGGUUCAGACUGUAAAUUGUCCCACACCUCUUACACAACCAUCCAUCGCAGCGCUGCACUUAACCCAAGUCCUGUCACAAAUAUGAGCCUUUUAACCAGGUCUGAUGCGUCUACAACCACUCAAGCAUUUGUGGAAGUGCAUUCCAACAGUGUAGAACAGCCUAAAGCAAGUCCUAAUGGCCUCGCAGAGGCUGUGCAAGAGACUAAUGUCAUGUCCAUCACUGAAAAACGGGAUACUGGAAUUGGUGAUUCAUCUACAGCAGCAACAAGCUCUGCCUCUAAAGGAGCAACUGAGCCAGAGCUAGACAUGAAAACAAGUCACACGUUUGUGGCAGAGACAACAAAAGACUUUCAUGGGAACUGUAAUGAACCCUCUGUGAUAGUUGAACUGCAAACAGCACACCAGCAAGUCCCACCUCAGCCUUCCGUACCACCAAGGACACCCAACACUUUCUGCCCGAACAUCUGCAGACCUCCCAAACCUUCCCAUGCUCCACCACUCCAUCCAGCAUUUGAAUUAUUAAUCGAGGUCACCAGAAGAAGAGUCAGAAACACAGAUUACAAGCCAAAUCCACACCUACCUUCUUCUUGUGCUCUUUCUCAGCUACAAACGCAAAACCUCAACAGCCUCGAUCAUGCUGAACCAGACCAGGAGUUAGAAACAGAAGAUUCACAGUCCAGUAAUAUUUUACCCAUUAGCGGACCAGUCCCGAACGGUCACUGCGCCCUCACACACUACCACCCUCCAUCUUUGGCCCUGCUGUUGCCCCCUUCCCUUGAAUGCAGCAGGAAUCAGGACCCUCAGAAGAGGCUGGAGAAUGUGGAGGCCAGUCUGCAGGCCAACCAGGAGAGAAUCUCGACCCUCCUCAAUAUCAUCCAGGACUUGGAGAUGAGCCACGCUCUCAGCAAAGGACGCCGAUGUUUCCGAACUGGUCAGGACCUCAGUGCCUGCUCCACCUGUCAAGAGACAGCAUGCAUCAUCUACAGUCUCUCUGAGAGUUUCUGUCUUUCUCUCUAUUCUAGUGUGGAGUAUGACUUCAGAAAGCAGGAGAGGCUCUUCAAGGAGGUAUUAGAGCCUCUGGAUUCCCCAGUAAGAGAUAUACCAGAUGGGGGAACCCCUGUUUUCAUCUCUUUCUCCUCCACUCCUCCACAUCAGGAUGAGGUAUGUUCACUUCCCAGUGUCGAAACAGAACCCAAGGCCAAGGUUAAAGUCAAGACCAAGAAGCUAUGUAGGAAGUUGUUUAGCUGGCUUCCUCGAAAAGUCCACAAGAAGUAGACUGUUCCUGCUGUUUCUCCUCUUCACCCCAACCCCCUCAAACACAUGACUCUGAAUGGAUCACUACUCCUCUGGAGGAAAGCUUCCAACAUCAUGAAUCACCCACUUGAAUUGGGUCCUCACGGUCCAGAAGAGUGACUGACCAUGUUAUUCACUGAAGGGAUCCAGUGAAGUGUAUUUGCACUACAUGACAAGAUGCUUUGGGCCUUCCACCUGAGCAGUGACAUCACACAGAGAGCAUGAUGCUUGUCCUAACAGAUCAUGCUCCUCAUUUGUGGAUAUAUUGCUAUGCAGAUGGACAUCGCUACGACAGACUGUGGAGCUGACAGCUUUAUUUUUUAGGGACGUUUUAAGUGGACUUGGGUUAUCAGUGGAGACCUGAUGUGGACGAUGGUGGCUGCUUUGACCAUACCACCUUUUCUUUACCAUAUGCAUCUAACCUUCAUAACAAUAAAGCAAAUAUUUAAGCAUA